AUGGAUGGAGUUAGGCAAUCCAGAAUCGUCGAGGGAGAUGUAGCCGCAAUCAUAAGCUACUUGAAGGGCAAGGCUGAGUUGGAUCCGAUGGCAGUUGUGCAGUACUCUUAUUGCACUGAGAAGCAACUUGGGUACCUAUUUUGGUCAGAUGGUAACAUGCAGCAUGACUAUGAAUGCUUUGGUGAUGUGUUAGCAUUUGACUCGACGUAUAGAAAAAGCUUAUAUAACAGAUCUCUUGUGAUAUUUUCGGACACCAACCAUCGUAGACAAACAAUUAAUUUUGGGUUUGAUGGUGAUGAAUCCAUGCGAGAGGCCAUUAGAUGUGAAUUCCCUAAUGCGAUACAUAAACUAUGCACCUGGCAUCUUGCUCGAAAUGCAGUUGUUAAUAUCAAGGACAAAGAAUUUUGUGCCGCGUUUAAGACUGCUGUGUAUGACAUACGAAAAGAGAGAGAGAUAUGGGCAAAUGCUUAUUUGUGUGAGAAGUUUUGUACCGGCAUUCGAACCACUUCUCGGUGCAAGGGUAUUAAUUCAUCACUUAAGAAAUUUAUCAAGUUCGGAAAUUGCUUACUUGAGUUGGUCGAGAACCUGGAUCUAGUAGUUAAGGAUUACCGGAAUAACGAGUUCAUUGCGGAUUACAAGACUCUUUAUUCAAAUCCGAUGAUGACAACGGGUCUCGAAACAUUGGAAAGAUCUGUGAGCAAGUUAUACAUGAAGGAAAUAUUCUAUGAGGUGCAAAAACAGAUCGAGGGAAUUGGGGCAUUGUUAGUGUUGCACAGGGAUAGUAUCAGUGGCACCGAGAAGUUCAUGUUCCAAAAGCAUCGAAAGUCCCAUCAUGUGUACUCGGUUUUCAUGGAUAGAAGUUGUGAUAAGUAUGAAUGUUCUUGUAAUUUGUGGGAGAGAUUAGGGAUGCCUUGCUGCCAUAUAUUUUGUGUCCUGAAAGAGCUAGAGAAAGAAGAUUUGCCGAGCCGAUUGGUCCUGCGUAGGUGGUGCAAAGAUGCUAAGGUCGCCAAUAGCAGUAGUUAG